AUGCGUUUGUAUGGGCUCAUUGCGAGCGCAAUCGCGCUCACUACGUCUGGGCAUCCGGAUCCCCACCAAAGGAACGAGUCAUCGCGAUACUCCCUCCAAAUGGCCCAAUCGAUAAUGUCCAGGCACCAAGGCAUCCUCGCUUCUAUGUCGGACCGUUCGAGUCUCCUUCAGGCUGGCUUCGUGCAAAAAGCUUUUCGGGAGAUGGUCCGCCAAUACUCCAAUCACACGUCCACGCCGUCGAUAGAUUCGUACAUUCGAGCCAGCGUAGACUCCGUGGUUUCCACACUCUCAAACGCUACUCUCGACACUUCUUACCCAUUGGACCGACUGAGCAGCGGUAACGGCCUGAUUCAUACUUACCAACAAACCAAAAACGAGACGUACCGAAAGGCCUACCAAGCUCUCCGGACGUCGGUUGAUCUGCAGCAUCGCAAUGCAGAGGGGAGUCUGUGGUACUACGUGUAUCCAAACUACACGUACUUGGACGGGAUGUAUAGUCUCGCUCCAUUCCUGACUUUAUACUCCACCAUCGACAAGCCCGACAAUUCUUCUGUGCUCGACGACGUGAUCCUGCAACUGGACUUACUUUGGAACCACACUCACACCCCAUCCGGCCUUCUCGUGCAUGGCUACGACGCUUCGAGACGCGCAUCGUGGGCUAACAACGCCACCGGCGCAAGUCCUCAUGUAUGGGGCCGAAGUCUCGGGUGGUAUUGCAUGGCGUUGAUAGAUACCUUGUCGCUUCUUCCCGAAUCAGCUGUUUCGGCGCGCACGUGGCUCCGUGGUCAUUUCCAAGGCUUGAUGAAGAGCGUCGUGAACGCCGUAGAUGAAGAGACGGGGGCGUGGUGGCAAGUUCUAGAUCAGCCGGGGAGGGAAGGGAAUUAUAUCGAGAGUAGUGCUAGUGCAAUGUUUGUCUACUCGAUCCUGAAGGGAUUACGGGCAGGGUAUCUUAAAGGUCAGGACUGUGAUUAUGAGAAAAUUGCCAACAAAGCGUAUGGGUACUUGGCGGAUUCAUUUGUGGUGCAGAAUGCGAAUGGGACGCUGGCGUGGAAUGGCACAGUUGGAGUGUGCAGUCUGAACUCCACUGCGUCGUAUGAGUACUACGUUGGUCAGCCAAUAGUAUACAACAGCGUCUUGGGGUCAGCAGCAUUUGUGUUGGCAUCGCUGGAGUACGAAAGACUGAUGCUCACUGGCUAA